GACGAGGGGCUGCGGGAACAACCUCGACCUAUUCCAAGACAAUCAGGCUUACAGUACCAGAAGGACAAGCGGUUUUUGCUAAGUAUUUGCAACUUCCACCAUGCGACUCUAGUCAGUGCUAAUGGAAAGCCUUCGCUCUUAUUACAUACAGCUGGCUGGUCUUUGGUCUUAUUAGGCUGUUGGAUAAUCCCAAUUAGCCCUCUUAUUGUCUGCAUUCGUCAUUGCGCCUCAGUGCCCUAAAAGAUCCCGUGGUCCCACUGCUGCCUCCUCCUCCUCCAGUCCUGUCAUGGAAGAUUUGGUGCUCAUCAAUAGAUGAGUGUUGUGGAAACUGGGGCUCGAUCGGCUGGCUCUUCAUCUGACCCGGAGGGACUUCCAUCUCUACGACCGCCUCUACUCUCUUCCGCGGCAAUCAACUCUCUACUUGCAACAAAUCGUCGAGGUUUCCGUCGACAGCGAGACAAGAGGUUACAGCUCUCCUCUCCCGAAUCGCAAGCCAGCAAAACUCGAAACAUCUUACUUCAUUCGCAAAGCCUGAUACGAGUACACUGACUGGUGCGACCUCCGAUCUGCCUUCUAUCUCUCACAAGAUCUGGUCCUCGGCGAAAUUGUCCACGGGGCGGAUGGCAACUUUAUUGCGACCCAACAUGUUCCCUUGAAGUCUCACCGCUAUUCCUUCACCUUUGAACCGCCGAUUUGUCGGCCGGGAGUUCUGCAAACGAAUUCAUCGGCCUGUCCACGACGGGAGGAGACGGAUAUGGGUUCUGGUCCAAGAUUUCGCUUCCCAGGGUCGUUAAAAAGGACGAAGUCCAGCGCAACUGAGCAAAGCUGGAAGACAAAUACUGGCAAACGCGAACACAAGGCUCAAAACAUACUGGGUAUCUCGGAAGCCGCAUUGAAUACCGCUAGAAACGAAAGUGUCAGUUCUUCUAACACGGCGAAAGUGCCAACUCUGUCAUUCUCGGAUGCCACUACUGAAUUGGGCUCUUCGCACGCCGCCACAGAGAAACCGGAUGUGAUCCCCGAACUGAAGUUGAAGGCAUCCUCUGUAUUAUUACAUGAAGAGUUCUGUAUCAGCGCUGAGAGAGCAGCAUCGAUACACUCGAAACGACCCAAACCCCAUCGCUCUUCUUCAACUUUGAACUCCCAUUAUGAGGCACAGAAAAUGCCACUUGCUAUAUCCCAACAGACCUCUGACUCGUCGAGACGAGAUGGCGCCCUACGGAAAGGCUCACCAAUAGUAAUCAGAUCAGCCACAGCCGAGAAGGAACCAUUACGGCAAUUGCGGUUAUUUAGGUCGACAAAACAUCGAGACAAGAGUGGGAGUAAGAAACUCUCCAAGCAGAAAUCUGCUUCAACUGCUUCUCCUCCUCGAUCACUUGCGGACGGCCAGAGCUCGACUAAAUCAACAGAACAUCCAAGAGAAUCGGUUUCAGCACAGUCCUCGAGAGGCUCUGUUUCAUACAGGGGGAGUAACUAUCACCGCGAACAUGCUCCUCGUCCGACGCCGAAUUUUUCUAUGGUCAAUGUGAAGCAUCCGACGUCAUACCUCACUCAUUCCGAUGGUCCCGUGGAAACAUCCCAUCUCAAAUUAAACAUCAGAAGACCCAAAGCAGGGGCAAAACAUUGGUUCGAUGGAUUGGAAGGCGACAGCAGUGAGGAUGAAAGUGUUCACGAACCAGAAUUCCAGCCAAGCUUCGUGGAUGGCAUGGAGAGUGCAUUUGAGGACGGCAGGAUUGGUCUCGUGUCGAAAGAUUCUGCGCGAAUGUCCACCUUCGUCCCAGAUACAUCCGAUGGCUGUGCAAACUUGGACUCUGACCCUUCCGCUUCUUCAUCUUCUCGUCACAUGCUCCCCGCCUCCGCUAUUCCCCCACGGACUUCAACCUUGAAUACCAAAUCAUCAAGGUCAACACUAUCCCAAGAAUUAUUCCGCUCUCACUCGAAUCAACGUAUACCUGCGGCAGCAUCCAAGACUUUGGCCUCAAGUGAUCUGCACACAACCAGUGUACUUGAUCUCUCCUCGUCGGAGGAUGAAGAAAAUCGUGUGGAACCUGAACGUGAGCGUUUGCCACAAUUGCGUGACAGUAUAGCACUCGAGUCAUUGAUGGAAUCGGACAUUGUGGUUGGAACUGCGAAGGCAAUCGAGACAAAUCAGAACUCGUCUAUAAAAGCAACACCCAGCUUGAGGCGGGUCGCUCGCAAUGUGUCAAAGCGGAACGCAAAGACUUCAACCAAAGCUAUCAGCAGACCUUCCAAUAUAAGACAGUCAUAUUUCAGCGAUGUGUCAUCACAGCGGACGAUCGAAGAACAUGAUUUACUCACUUCAUUCCCCGCCACUCCUACCGAAUCCCGGCGAACAUCCUUCCAAGGGUCAUGUCUCUCGGACAAUGCAAGUAUAGAAAGUCGAAGGAUGAUCAGCGUAACCAAGCACGAAGAGUCACUACUUGCGGCGAUGAGACUAAGAUCGACCGGCGUCCCACAGCACGCCAAAAGGAGCAGUGAUCCAAGACUUCGGCUACUCAGAGACCUCGACAAGAGAUCUCGAUCCCGACAAAUCCCGGCAGGCUCGACAACCAACGAAACGGCCCGAGUCAAUGUGUCUAGUCAAGAAGCCCUGAAUCACUCUGAUGCGAACUCUGACCAAGCAUCUUGCACCACUUUUCAAACUGGCAGGUCGGCUGACCCAAGUAUCAGAUUUUCCAUGGCGAGCUUCCAAACGGAAACAUCCCUCGGACAUGGUAGUGAGAUGUCGUUUCUCGCCUCGCCUGGUUUUGUCCCUCUUGCGAACGUCACGAAUGGCGCGAACCGUCUCAGUCGUGCCACUUUCUUCUCCACGUCGACCAGUGACUCGCGAGAUACGUCAAGUACUCGGCGAGAGCACAAUUACAGAGCAGCUCUCGAGAAACUUUCGUCUAUUCCACCCCGGGACGAUAUACCCUCACAAGAAUUCAUCGAAUGGCCUUAUCAUGGCUGGGAAGCUAAGUCGACCACCCUGGCGACUGCACAUUAGGAGGAAAGAAUUCGAUUUUUCCGUUUGUUCCCAAAAUUACAGAAGACGAUUGGUGAUGUAUUGACGUCACCCUUGUACUUAUACAAUCUUUCUUUUUUUUUCUUUGUGAUGACGACGACGAAGUGGAGGAUUGACUUUGGAUACUGUACGAGUAUUAUACUGGGAGAAGCUGCUCCAGGAGCUCACGAUGUGCUUGGUGUGAUGAUUAUAAGGCUGGCCUUUUUUGUGAGGAGGAUCUGAUCUGAUCAAUGUUGGUCUGGGCGUCGUCGGGUAUGGCGGAAUUGUCGCUAGACAUCGAAUCCACCGGAUAGCCGUUGUCGCGUAAUGAAAUGCACACCGAAUUUCC